UGUUGUCUGUUCAGAUAAUCCCUGCCGUCUAGAGUCACACACACACACAAACACACUUCACCGCGGUCUGCCUUCAAGCCUGGGACGAGCUCGGUUCUGUUUGGCUCUGCUGGUUCUGCUUGGUCGCCAUGCCAGUGUUCUACUCUCCAGUGCCCCAGAACCUGAGGGGGGGCUACGCGGGGGGGUCUGUGUUCACCAACAACAGGACGGCGGACAGCAGCGACUACUUCCGGGACCAGGACCACAGAGCAGUGAACGAGCUGGUGUCCUACCUUCCUCUGCAGAUGCUGCUCUACUUCAACAUGUUCUUCUUCCCCUGCUGGUGGACCUCUGCUGUGCUCAUGUUGCAUCUGAAGUUCUCCUACCUGGCAGGAUACUACCAGGCCCUUCUGGUGACCGGAGUGGUUCUGCUCACCAUCUUUGAAGUGGUUCGUCUCCAUCUGGGCUACGUUGGCAACCUCACAGAGAAGGUCCCCGAGGUGGCUGGCUUCUGGCUUCUCUCCCUGCUCUUCCAGCUGCCCAUCCUGCUGUUCUUCCUCACGGACGAGGAGAUCAUCAUCCUCCCCCUGGAAAGGGCCGUCCACUCCGUGUAUCUGCUGUUCCUGCUGGCCCAGCUGGUCACGUCCUUCCUGGCUCUGCGGGACAUGACCCACAAGCUCACCAUGCAGUUCCACCUUCGCCAGUUCGGGGAGAUGGAGACUCUGCGGCCCGCGGCCGGGAGCCCUGUGUACGGGCCGGCCCACAGCCGGAGCGUGCUGCCCAUGCCCCCCGCCAAUAACAACGUGCAUCUGGGGUGAAGGGUGGGAUGGGCUGGGUUGGGCUGGGUUAUGGU